GAUUUUGUAAUAACAUUUUAAACAUAUUUUAGGGUUUGUUUGUUUUUAAGUUUUAGGCUGAGACAAACUUUUCUUCCUUAUCCUAAUUAAGAAUGAUCGUGUAGCGGUACUUGUAUUGCACUACAGCUCAAACUUAGGAUCUCUAUCCGAAUCUCACCCCCACCCCUUUUUGUUUGAGAGAAUAAUGGCAAGCAAAUCUGAGAGCAAGGAACCUGUAAAUGAGCAAGUGGUUGCAAAUAUGUAUGGAGCUAUGAGAUCUGAACUAAAUCAAAUUUAUUCUAAGAUCACUGAGUUGGAGAUGGAAGUGAGUGAGCAUUCACUAGUUAUAAAUGCCAUUCAGCCGCUUGACCCAUCAAGAAGGUGUUACCGGAUGAUUGGAGGUGUGCUGGUGGAAAGAACCAUCAAAGAGGUCCUCCCAGCUGUGCAGCGAAACAGAGAAGGGCUUGAGGAGGUAAUUGCCCGGCUUAAUGAGGCCCUGGAGAAGAAGAAAAAGGAAAUUGCUGAUUUUGAGGCAAAAUACAAAAUUAGGAUAAAGAAAUCUGAAGGUGAGGUGAAAGAUGAAAGCAGCAAAAAGGAAGGUUCAGCUCAAGGAGUUCUUGUUGGCCCUGCAAGUUCAAGUGGGUGAUAAGUAUAGUCUUUCUGUUUCUUUCCUCGUAUUCUUGAACUUGCCCAACAAAAAGGUGUCCUGUUAUUGCUUAGAUGUACCCAAAUCUUACCGGAUAAAACUUUGUUUAGUUAUUGCUAAGAUGUACCAGGGUUUAGAGGAUGGGAUGUUUUGUUGAUUAGGAUUAAAUUCUGUACCAAAUUGUUUUAAAUGUGUGGUUAUGUUUUGAUUAUUGCUUUUGUCUAUCAAUAGGACCAAAAGGAAUGAUCUAGAUUGGAUUUUUUGGGCAAAUUGUCUAGUUCAAGAAUUAAGAUAACACUCUCACCAAUGGCCAUGAAAUUAUUUUGAGAAAUCUGAAUUUAACAUGACAUGAAUGUACU